AUGAAAGAGCGCUGUCAGGAGGUUGCUGCCAACGCGGGCUCCGUGAGGUUGCAGCAGGAGGAGCUGGCCGCAGCGUCCCGUCGCAUCGCCGAGCUGCAGGGGCAGGCCGCCUCCGCGGCGCGGCAGGAGCAGGAGUGGAAAGAGGCUGCGAAGAUGCUCAAAGACAGAACCCGGAAGUUCAAAGACCAGGAGGCAAAGAAGCUGGACCUCAGCAAGAAGGCCCAAGAGGCUGCCACCAAAGCAGUGGAAGUUCUCGAGGCGAAGUUGGCAGCAAGCACCCACCACGCAGAGUCCUUGGAAGACGAGGUGCGCCGGCUCAACGACGCCUUGACAGGCGCUGCGCGGGAACAGCAGGAGCAGCGGGCGAUCCAGCAACAGGGCGAGGAGGAACUCGCGGCAAGUUUGGGCGAGCUGAGGCGGCAGAUGCAGCUCAAGAAGGACCAGGUGGCGAUCGAGCGUGAGCGGGUUGCGCAGCUGGAGGUGGCCAAUGCUGCUCUUCGAAAUGACCUCGAACGCCUGAACACCGAGGGCGCCGCACGGCACCAGGACCAGGUCUCCCGCAUCCAGCGCCUCAGCGAGGAGCUUGCCGAGGUGACCCAACUCAGGGAACGAGUGGGGACGUUAGAGAGCCUGCAACGCGGCAUGGGGGACUGCCUCCAGGACUCCCAGCGGCGCACGCGAGAAGCAGAGCUGAAGGCAGAGGCUGCGCACCGUGAGCUGGCCGAGAUGCAGGCUGCACAGAUCCGGUCGCGCCUCGGCUCUCGGCACUGA